UAAAUCGCUGCCUUCAUUCGGAAAAGGGAAAUCCUGUGCUGUGGUUUCCAGUGCAGGAAGCAUGAAAAAUGCUCUGCUUGGAAGUGUCAUUGAUAAGUUCAGCGUCGUAGCACGAAUGAAUAAUGCUCCGGUGGUGUCCCAUGUAGCAGACAUAGGAUCGAAAACAACAGUUCGAAUAAUCAAUGACCAGGUACUAGAAUCCUUGACCAAACUUGGCAGUGAUCACAUCACUGCCGAAGAACCUACGGCAGUUUUGUUGAGCCAGUGUGCCACAGUUCAUCUUUUUCACAUGAUCCCUCCACUGAAGAAAAGCGGUCCGUGUAAGUACGACUCAGAAGGAAAACCCAGGCGCACGUUGGAAUGUUCAUUGUUUCCGGGACACAACCGAGAAGGAGAACUUGCUUUCCUCAUGACGCAGAACAUGGCUUCCUUGCAAAAAACUUACAUCACGGGCCACGCUGUUUUACCAGGGCUUUCAACUUUGAAAUGCCGCCAAAAAACGAGUUUUUUGGACAAACCCAACGGAGGAAAUCAAAUUCACAGAACACUCUUGGCGAGCUCAUACAAGAAAAAGAGGAAAAUAAGAGUACGAACGGCAGGAAACGUUCGAGGUCGAAAUCGGCUCUUCAACAACAAAAUCGAAGGAUGGGAUUUUUGCGGCGAAAGCUACCACAGGAUGUCUCUUACCAAGUGCCAUGGUGGCUGGAAGAAUGAGUGGGUUUACAAAUUUAAAAAACAUGGGUACAACGGACUCUCGAAUUACAUGCGAUGGAAUAAGUACGGGAAGAACAAAAAUAUUCGUGUGUACGUAUUGGACUAUUCGUACAUCAAGGAGUUGAAAAACUUUGUGACAAAUGAGUCCCCAUUUAUUGACCUCGACAGCAUCGCUCCUUCCACCGGCUUCCUU